GGGCUUCACGGAGGGACAAAAACCAUCACCCAGGAUCAUUCACCUUUAGCUGUUAGCAGUUAGCUUGAACUAUGGCUUCGUUCAUCAUCAAACCUGCUCACCUCCGCUGUGUUGUCCGGACAGGAAGGCUCCUGACUGAGCACCGGACAAGGAUUACACUGUGUUCACACAGGAGUUAUUCCACUGAAGGAGACAAGAAGAUACCCAAAAUAUACACCAAAACUGGAGACAAAGGUUUCUCAAGCACAUUUACAGGAGAGCGGAGGCCAAAGGAAGAUCAUAUUUUUCAAGCUUUAGGAAAUACAGAUGAGCUGUCAUCAGCUAUAGGCCUGGCCAGAGAGUUCUGCCUCGACAAAGGUCACACCUUCACAUAUCAACUGGACAAGAUACAGUGCAUUUUACAAGAUUUGGGCUCCAAUAUUGCCACCCCACGAUCAUCUGCAAGAGAAAGUCACACGAAGAAAACACAAUUUACUGCUCAGCCAAUUACAGACCUGGAAACGUGGAUUGAUAACUUUACAAAAGAUCUCCCUCCACUGACCAACUUCAUUUUACCUUCUGGAGGCAAAAGCAGCGCAGCUUUGCACUUGGCUCGGACGGUCUGUCGGAGAGCGGAGCGAAGCGUUGCUCCAAUCGUGCGCUCAGGAGAGGCAGAUCCAGAUGUAGCAAAAUUUUUGAACAGAUUGAGCGACUACCUGUUCACUGUGGCCAGAUAUGCAGCCAUGAAAGAAGGCAAUGAGGAGACAAUCUACAAAAGACCUGAAUGACCAGUGUCGCAUGAGUGUAAAGGGAAAGUUUGUUUUUGGUGUGGUUGAUGCAAAAACUUUGUAUUUACUUUUUUAAAUGUCAAUAAAUAUGAACAAGGUC